AUGGGAGCAAAAACCAGAGCACCACCUUUGCUUUCUUGGUCUUGUUCAGUAAGGAGCCACAUUCACCAAGUAUCAUUGAGAUGUACUCUUGUUGCGUAUAAGCAGACCCGCCAUGAAGGAUUAUAUGACUCCAGUGUGGUCCCUCUGUUACUCAAGGCAUGCGCUUCCUUUCCCUUCCUUCAUCACGUGAAGAUCUUGCAUGCAGAGUCCAUCAAGGCCGGUUCAGAGAGCGACGUGAUCCUUGGAACCGCAUUGCUUACCAGUUAUGGCAAAUGUGAUGCCAUCAGGGAUGCACGGAAACUGUUUGAUACAAUGCCUGCGAGAAAUAUUGUGGCUUGGAAUGCCAUGAUUAGUGAGUACUUGAGAAAGGGAGACACAGGAUCUGCUUCUCUUCUGUUUGAGGAGAUGAAAGGGAAAAAUCAAGUGACUUGGAGUCAGAUGAUUGGUGGGUUUGCUAGGAAUGGGGAUAUUGUCACUGCUAGGAGGGUGUUUGAUGAGGUUCCCCAUGAGAUAAAGGAUGUGCUAAUAUGGACUGUGAUGAUUCAUGGGUAUGCCAGAAUAGGAGAGAUGGAAGCUGCCAGGGAGGUCUUUGAGUUGAUGCCUGAAAGGAAUUGCUAUGUGUGGUCAUCUAUGCUUUAUGGAUACUGCAAGAAGGGCAAUAUCGCUGAGGCUGAGACUGUUUUCAACCGGGUUCCAGCUCGGAAUUUGGAGAUUUGGAAUUCCAUGAUUGCUGGCUAUGCCCAGAAUGGAUUUGGUGAGAAAGCACUACAGGCUUUUGAGAGAAUGGGAGCUGAAGGGUUUAAGCCUGAUGAGUUCACUGUUGUUAGUGUUUUAUCUGCCUGUGCACAGCUGGGGCGCCUGGAUGUUGGUAAGCAAAUCCAUCACAUGAUAGAACAUAACGGGAUAGCUGUGAACCCGUUUGUGUUGAGUGGAUUGGUUGACAUGUAUGCGAAAUGUGGUGACUUGGUCAAUGCAACGUUGGUGUUUGAAGGAUUCACUGAGAGGAACAUCUUCUGCUGGAAUGCUAUGAUUUCAGGUUUUGCCAUCAAUGGAAAAUGCAGAGAGGUUCUUGAGUUUUUUGGCAGGAUGGAGGACUCAAAUAUAAGGCCUGACGGUAUCACCUUUCUUACUGUGCUUUCAGCUUGUGCUCAUGGGGGUUUGGUCUGUGAAGCUUUGGAAGUAAUAUCUAAAAUGGAGGGAUAUGAAAUUGAAAUAGGAAUCAAGCAUUAUGGAUGCAUGGUUGACCUCUUGGGAAGAGCUGGGAGAUUAAAAGAUGCUUAUGACUUGAUACUAAGAAUGCCAUUGAAACCUAAUGACACAGUUUUGGGGGCAAUGCUUGGUGCAUGCCGUAUUCAUUCAGAUAUGAACAUGGCAGAACAAGUAAUGAAGUUGACCCAUGAAAACUCUGUUACAGGUGCUAAUUCUCACAAUGUGCUAUUGUCCAAUAUUUAUGCAACUUCCGAAAGAUGGGAAAAAGCUGAAAGGAUGAGGAGGAUUAGGGUGGAUGGAGGAUCUCGAAAGACACCCGGAUGUAGUUCAAUAAUCUUUAGUGACUUUUGUGGAUUUAAGUGA